AUGGCUAUAUACAGCAGCAAGAUACAAGACAAUGAAAAUGGCGGGCGAACAUUUCAGUGUCCAAAAUGUUCCGUCACCAACACUCUACCUUCAGGUGCGUGCGCACCGUAUGGAGAACUAUUUCCGGAUGAUACGUUUGUGAAUAAAUUAUCAGAAGUGAUCAGUGCCUACAGUACUGAUAAAUCAUGCGAUGUUUGUGAUCGACGUGAUGUGUCAACCACGGCAGUGGAAUGGUGUAUGGAUUGCUACGAUUCGUUGUGUGAGUUAUGUCGGGACGUCCAUCUUCAUGGCAAGAUCACUUCAGAUCAUGUCGUCAUUUCGCUGGACGAGAUGCGAAAUCUGAGUCUGGAUGCCAUCAUGCAGCGGAAGCGAACGGUACCUUGUCCCCAGCAUGAAGGUGAACUUCUUAAUCUGUACUGCCCCGAUUGUCGACAGUCUUUAUGCGUCCAAUGCGCAGCGAUAUCACACAGGAAGUGCAAUCGAUGCGUCACUGUAGCGGAUGCUAUGAAAUUCCACGAAGAAGAAUUCGAAGAGGUGCUCGUGAGGCUACAGGCUUUAGACACUACUCAUGAAGAUACUCCCAAAAUAUCCGAUGCUGCCAGUGUUUUAGAGGAAACCCUCACAGCGUCAGCAGAACGCAUCAAGGCCACAGCUGCAGAUCUUCGGGAAAGAAUUAAUCAAAGCGAACGAGAACUACUACAACGUGUAGAAGAAGUUGGCGCGGAACUGAGGUCAAAAGUCGCGGGUGCGGGCCCAUGUUCGAAGAUAGAUCAAAUGACUAUUAUACGAUCCGGCGGAGAACGAAUGGAGGCGCUGUUAAAUUAUGGCAGCGAUGUUGAGAUUCUUGAUGCUUUCAACGACAUGAAGAAGACAAUAGCCCAGAUGGAUUUUGACGAGGUUGAUCCUGGACUCGACCAACUAGUUCGCGUCAACUUCAACAUCGAUAAAACUACCAAAUAUUUUAGCCGAGAUUUUAAAACUCUGGGGGAAGUUGAAGUAGAGGAUUGUCAGGUCGAUGAAGGUUUAUCAGCCUGGGGUGUCACGUGUACAGCACGUGAUGAAAUAAUAGUCGCCGAUUGCAGGAAUAAAAGGGUCCAGAAGUUCGGUAUUGAGGGGAAUCUCAUCGAUCACAUUCAGCUGCGCGAUGAACCACGAGAUUUGACGUGUAUUAGUCGCGAUGAGGUCGCCAUUACUAUCAUGAAUAAGAACAUUUUCUUUGUCUCGACAUCCCGCAGCAUGAGACUAAGACGGAAAAUAAAGACCGACAAACAAUAUGAUAGCAUUUCUAUAUCCGCCAGAUUGGAUAAUCUGCUAGUCAGCUGUAUGGAAGAUAAAUCGAUCGACGUCGUUGAUUUGGACGGUGUAAUACUGAAGUCGUUCAAUGCUGACGGAUCGGGCGAGGCUAUAUUCCAAGAACCGCGUUACGUCACUUUUUCUCGAGAAGGUAAUUACGUCAUAACUGACGUCACCCAGAAUUGUGUUAAAUGUAUUUCAUCUGAUGGUCGUCUGUUGUUCCAGUAUCAACCGGAUGGCUCGCAUAUCUUACGUCAUCCACAAGGAAUAUGUAUUGAUAAUAUAGGAAACAUCUUCAUUGUAGACUAUUCCAAUAGUCGAAUACACCUCAUCACGUGUGACGGAUACUUUCAACGAUUUGUUAUGGGUCGAGAAAGUGGACUCGUCCGCCCAGUCGCCAUUCAUAUAACCCGGAGCAACAAACUGAUCAUCGUUCAGAGCGACGGAAUGGUCAAACUCUUCACGUAUGAAUGACCCGGAAAGGUCAAGGUUAGCUUCAAGGUGAAAUGCUGGUGCGCUAAAUGUUGCGCCGCUACCGAGAAGCAGCUUAAGAAGGGUGUGUGUUAAUUGCCGUGUUGUGUUU